AUAACAGCAGCAGCACCCGUAGCAAUCAAUCCUCCAUUCACGCCAGUCUCUCCUUCAACCAGUCCCUCCUUAUCUCUGGUCAUUCUUUACCAUGUCCAAGUUCCUUCUUUGGACCAUCUCCGCGGCAGCCCUCGCGCGCGCCGCCACUCUCGAAGAGGUCUGCACCUCAGCCUAUGCUAAGGCCGCCGUGCCCGUCUCCGGCCUGGUGCCGGGGGUGGUGACCAGCCCUUCCAGCGUCACAGCUGCCCCGGUCUACAAUGAAUCCACUGCCGGCUCCAACUACUACCCGGCUGGAACCUACGACUACUGCAACAUUACCAUGACCUACUCUCAUGCAGGCAAGGAUGACAGUGUCCUGCUGCAGUUCUGGAUGCCCACCCCCGACGACUUCCAGAACCGCUGGGUGUCUACCGGUGGCUUUGGUUUCGCCAUCAACGUUGCCUCCAACGUCCCUGCUGGUCUCCCCUACGGUGCCGUCGCCGGUCGUACCGAUGGUGGUUUUGGCAGCUUCGACACCCAAUUCUCCUCGGUGUUCCCCCUGGUGAACGGUACCGCCAACUACGAUGCUCUUUACAUGUUCGGCUACCAGGCCCACCAUGAGAUGUCCUCCAUCGGCAAGGCCUUCACUAAGAACUUCUACAGCAUGACUGACAAGCUCUACGCCUAUUACCAAGGUUGCUCCGAGGGUGGUCGUGAGGGUUGGAGUCAGGUCCAGCGCUUCCCCGAGGAAUGGGACGGUGCCGUCAUCGGAGCCCCCGCCAUCCGCUACGGCCAGCAGCAGGUCAACCACCUGGUGCCCCAGGUCGUCGAGCAGACGCUCGACUACUACCCCAAGAAUUGCGCUUUCUCCGAGAUCGUGACCCUCAUCAUCGACGCCUGUGACGCGCUCGACGGCCGCAAGGACGGCGUCGUCUCCCGCACUGACCUCUGCCAGCUCAACUUCGACCUGACAUCGACCAUCGGAAAGCCCUACUCCUGCGCCGCCAGCACCAGCAUGGGCGUCAGCACCCCGGCCCAGAACGGCACUAUCAACGUGGAGACUGUCAAGGUCGCCCAGACCAUCCUUGACGGUCUGAAGGACUCCGAGGGCCGCCAGGCCUACUUCUGGUACCGGAUUGGCUCGGAGUUCACCGACGCCGAGACCGCCUACGACUCGACCACGAACACCUACGGCAUCGACAUCUCCGAGCUGGGCGGCGAGUGGGUCACUCACGGUCUCCAGCUCCUCGACCUGGACAACCUCUCCAACCUGAACAACGUCACGUACGACACCCUCCGCGACUGGAUGUUGGAAGGUCUCCAGCGCUACGAGGACGUCCUGCAGACCACCUGGCCCGAUCUGUCCCGCUUCCAGGCCGCCGGCGGUAAGGUGAUCCACUACCACGGUGAAUCCGACAACAGCAUCCCCCCGUCUUCUUCUAUCCGGUACUUUGAAUCCGUCCGCGACAUCAUGUUCCCCAACGCCACGUACAACGCGUCCGUUGAGGCCGUGAACGAAUUCUACCGUCUGUAUCUGGUCCCCGGUGCUUCCCACUGCAACACCAACUCACUGCAGCCCAACGGACCCUACCCUCAGAACUCUCUCGGUGAUCUUAUGGACUGGGUCGAGAAGGGUGUAGAACCGGUGACUUUGAACGCUACGGUGCUGAGCGGCGACUACGAGGGAGAGGAGCAGCAGCUGUGCUCGUGGCCUCUGCGCCCGUUGUGGAAGAACAACGGCACGGUCAUGGACUGCGUGUAUGAUCAGAAGUCGAUCGAUACGUUCUUGUAUGAUCUGGAUGCGUAUGACAUUCCCAUCUACUAGAUGGUGAGCAACGGGGUG